AUGGUGGCACCUCCCGGGCUUCCCACAUUCAACACGAGCAAAUCGCCCAACACAACGAACCCCAACUACGGUUGGGGGGACAUCAUCAGCGUUGGCGACUGGCCUGAAUUCUCUUACGCUCAUAUCACACACCACUAUGGGAACUUGCUUCAGCAAACGCAAAUUGCAAGUGAACCGAUGCCAACUUCCCCUCCGCAGGCGAUAAGCACCGAACCAAUGUUCGCAAUGCGUUUCAACACCUACAUCCAGAGCCGAGUGCGUCGUGCGCUGCGAGCUGGAUUCCAGCAUCUUGCACCUCAACUCGCAAGCCUCCAUCUUUCUCCGGUAACGGUUGAUAUUGGUGAUGCGGCAGCUAUCAUUGACAACUACCGGCCCGACAUUGCAUUUUAUACAGCAAAUUCCUCGCCGAACCGCUGCCCUGGUGAUCUAAAAGUAUCAUGGAAGUGGGAAUCCAGCUAUCGAACCUCACAGAUACCAGCAGAGCGAAGGGAGUAUCUGCAGGUCCUCUCUCAGGUUAAUUAUUACAUGGAACAACAUGAUGCGAGGUACGGUUAUGUCUUCUCUGACACUGAAUUGGUACCUAUUAAAAGGCUAGAGGCGAGAGGGAAUCUACUGGUUGCACGUGCUAUACCAUGGGAAGCCGAGGGACCUGAACGUCUAACAGUUCUCCUGGGACUGUGGUACCUUGGGAUGUUAAGUGCAGCAGAUGAUGACUGGCAGCUUUUGUAA